AAGCUGAUUGACCAAUCUUUCAGAACGCGUGGGGGCUCAACUUCUUGUCUCAUUCAUCUCUUAUCCUGCGCCCCCAACUAGUCUCCCUCAGUCUUGUCUACUUUCUCUCCUCUGUCUCAAACAGUCCCAAAUUUAACAGUAAAAAUUUCGCAGAGCAGCCGUUUUCACAGCUCAGCUUUUUCAUCCUGUUUCUGCAAAAGAAUCCCUCUAUUGAUUAUUUUUUUCCCAUCUCUUUAUUGGGUCUCGUAAAUUAAGCGCUCCUUGUAUUGUUAUUGACCUGCAGUUCUUCUGAGUUUGCUUUUGAUUGUUCUUAUAACUCUGGUCCAAAAAAAGGAAAGAGGAAUGCAAAUGAUAAUCAAUGAUGAACUAUGGUUAGACAGGUUAGUAAAGUACAAAUCUUUAUGAGACUGUAGUGGGUUAAGACUUAAGGAGCUACGUGGAUGAACGUUUGUUUGGUGGUUUAUGUAUGGUACAAUCAGAAGUGGGGUAUCUUUGUUUUGCACUGUUAAUAAGUGAAGCUGAGCUGGGCUGAGACGCCUGAGGGAGAGUAUUCUUUAUUGCGGUGGGUUUUUUCUGUUGUUUAGUGGACUGUUUUCUUGUGAAAGUUGCUUACGUUUCACUGUUUCAGCUGCGACAUUGUUUUUAGAUUCUUUCUCCUUUUAUUUUUGGUAAUUCUUGUGGGCACUUUUUACCCUAUCUCUAUCCUUUACGGAAAAUCAUGUGAUCUUUCUAACCAAAAGGGUUCCUCAAACGGUGAAAGAGUAAAGGGGUAUACUAUUUUCUCGUGUUUCUCCCUUUCAUUGUUUUGUGUUUUUAUUUGCUGGUGAACUGUACUGGUUUUGAUGUGAUGAGAUAAGCAGUCAGAAGAGUGACUACAUACAUACCAAUGGUGGGCUCUUUAUUUGCUUAUUUGGGUCCAAAGUUUGAAUUUUUUGCUGUGUUUCUUGUCAUUGGUGGGAAGGUAGAGCCGGGUAAUGUGAAAUUUUUGGUUCUCCGGUGAGGAGGGUUUGGGUUUCGAUCUCAGAAGAUUGGGAUUGAGACGGUUCUUACUGUGCAUUGUGGGGGGAAGAAAUGAGUGAAAUUUCAGUGCAAUCGUCCUCAUCUCUAGCCAUUGUGGAGAAGAAGUCUCAGAAGUCUGGUGGGUGCGCAGGCAUCUUCUUUCAAUUACUUGAAUGGAACCGAAGGCUUGCAAAGAAGAAGCUUUUCUCUAAGAAAUUGCUUCCUCCAGGUUAGUCUUUCUUGCUUUUCUACUGUUCUCUAUCUUUCUGUUUUUCUUUAUCCUUUACAUUAUCAAUUUAGCACCAUUUACUGUAUGUUUUAAGUUUGAUAUUGUGACAUUGUUGAUUGGUUUUGUUAGUUCGUCUGAGGAAAUCUUCAAAUAAGUUUGCUGGAGAUGAGAAGCUACCCAAGCUCCGUCUGGUAUGAACUGAAUUAUUGCUCUAAUUUGAUGAUUAUUUGUGAACAAUUCAGCUGUUUAGAUGAAAGAUCCAUCCACUGCUUUUGAUUUUUUGGUGCAUUGUUUGUUCCAUAAAUCUAUAGAUUGCUGAUGAAAACAAUGGAGGUUUUCCUCAUGGGAAGAAGAUUUCUGCGGGUUGCAGUGUUGAUUCCGAACAAAGGAAAGAAAUGCGAACACCUGGAUUGGUUGCUAGACUUAUGGGUUUGGAAUCAAUGCCUACGGCAAGGCAGAAUAAAGAUAAUAAUGGCCCUUCAUCUGGUACUGCUGAUAAAGCAGGGGAGAAGGUUGUAGAUGGUAGUACAAGGUUUGGGAGGGAAGAACUGAAUUUAGAAAAAGGAGAGACAAAACAAGAGCUAAGGCCUCAGAAGCUUCAGAAGAUUGGAUUGAGUGAGAGAAGGCAGGUUACUAGGUUUGGAACUGAAGCUCUGCAGCUAAAAAAUGUAUUGUCAAGAUCCAAAAAACAUCAUCAACAAAAACUGGUUUCUCCUGUGAAAAGUCCUCGUAGUGUUUCUGGGAAGAAUGCAUCUCGGCUAAUUGGUGCUGCUACUAGAAUUUUGGAGCCUGGACUGCAGAGGAGUCGGACAAAAGGCUCCCUUACUUACUCAAAUGAGUAUAGUCCUCAUCCUAAAGCUCAAGUAUUGUUGGAGGAAGCAGCAGAUUUGAAGACCAAUGAGCAUGCCUUCUAUCUUCAGAGUUCUGCCAAUAGUUCUAAUAAGCAAUCAUCGUCUUGCCGAAACUGCGGUCAUGUGCUUGAUAUUGCUGACAUCCGACCACAUUCAGAUGAAAAACCAUCUGUUUCAUCGCCCACAUCACAAAUUGCGCACCUCUCUGAUCAAGUAUCAGAAAAGUGUAAUCCAAGACUUCCCAUCUUCACCACACAGAGGGAAAUGGAACGAAAUAAACUGGAUCCACAAUUGCCUGCUGUGUUUGGAAUGAAAUCUAGACAAGCUUGUACUGAUUUUGUUCCAGAGAAAAAGUUUCUCAACAAAGAAUGUCGAAGACAGUGGCAAGCAAGUAGCCCACAGUUCAAGCUUCAGAAGGAUUCUCCUUCUGUAUAUGCUAGGCACAAAUUUCACGGGGAAAAUCAGAUAUCUCAAGGGAGGGAUCGGCUACCUUCAAGGCCGAAGAUAAGUAGGCUCCAACAUGGCAGAGUAACUUCAGCAGCAAAUGCCAUAAAUGAGGCAAAAGAUUUUGUUGCACUGAAUCAAAACAUUAGUGACAGUGCUCAAUUAAGGAUACCUGUCAAAGUGGAUGGCUACUGUCUUGAUACAAAUCAGAAAACUGCAGACAGGAGACACGAUUCCUCAUCUCCCGUACGAAAGAGGAGAUCAGUGGAUAGCAUUAGACAAAUUGAAAGUCCUUAUCUGAUGAGCUCUUCUUUGGCAAAAACUAAUAGCAGGCACAAUACAAUAUCUGGAAAAGAUAGGGGCCGAUCUAGCCAUUCAGCAAGACAUCUUCAGGAAAGUUUGAGUGGUGAUAAUGUAAAAAAUAAUGCUGAUGAUGUAUCUUUUACUUUUAAAUCCUCAAGGAAGCGGGAGUCUGAAAUCCAUUCAAAUGUGGAGGUUUGUAGAAAUCAGAAUGUUCGUAAUAGUGAACUUGUGCACAAGACAGCACCCUCUACCGAUGUUGAUGGAAGUUCUUUGAGAAAAUUGCCUUUGACUGGGGAUAGUUUAGGUGCACUUCUAGAACAAAAGCUGAAGGAACUAACUUGUCAAGAGGAGGAUGAUUGUGCAUUUGGGCACUCUGCACCGAAGAAAACCACUGCCAUGAUUCUCCAGGAACUGAUUUCGGCCUUGACUACAGAGAAGCCAUGUCAUCGCGCCGAUCUUUCUCAUGGAGAUACUAAGACAGAAAGCUGUAUUUGUGAUGAUGCUCAGCAUUCUAAGAGAAAUGCCUCCACCAAUUUCCAGGCCAAACGAAAAUCAAGUAAUAAUUCAGCUGGAAACUUACUUACUUCUGAGCACCUCAGUCCUGGAUCUGUUCUUGAGCCCUGUUUUUCAAAUGAUAGCUGCUGCUCCAGUAGUCUUGACGACAGCUCAAGGUACAAUGGGGGUGAUGAUUGUACAGAAUGCCAUGAAGAACCCAUGUUGUUAGAGCCUGACAAAGAAUUUUUUGAUUCUGUGAGCUCACCUGGGAUGGGAAAGUUUUAUAGAAACUCAGUAGUUAAUCUCCUUGACAAAAUUUCUGAAGCUUUUGUCACCUUAAACCUUGAUGAUCUCCAUUUGAAAGGAAGUAAGCUCGUCCAUGCGAAGGAGGUCAUUUUGAAUGCUGAACUGAUUUUUGGAAAUGCAGCUCUGCCUGAUGGAGUUUUAAAUGAAGGUUUUUCAAUAAGCAAUUUUGUCCUGGAUCAACUUGAUAUGCUAGCUAGUGUAAUGUGGAGAAAGUUCAGCGCAAUAGUUGGUCUAGAUACUAAAGCCAAAAAUCAGCUCAAAGGAUUUGUUCUGGAUUGUUUUGUAGAAUAUUUAGAAUCAAGAUUUAGCCGGUAUUCAAACACUGGAUUUAAUGCGUGGACAAGACUGCCUCUACGCAUGAAAACCGAAAUGCUGAUAUGUGAGAUUGUUGAAGAAAUUGGAAGGUGGCUUGCAUUGGCGGGCUUGUUUCCAGAUGAACUGAUUGAACAUGAUAUGAGUCAUUCUUUGGGGAAAUGGACUGACUUUGAGCUGGAAGCAUUUGAAACAGGUACCGAAAUCGACCAGCAGAUACUCCAAGCCCUAAUUUCAGAAAUGCUGCUUGAAUUCACAGGCUUCAACCCAGAAUGUGUUAAUUGUUAGAAUAGACCUGUGGAUAGAAUAGACCUGCGGAUAGACUAUAAAUGUAGUAUCUUCUAACUGCUGCUCCCUAAUGGUUCUUUACUGCAAACCCCAAUGUUAGGUGUUAUUUUGUUUUGUUAGAAGUCUUGGAUUUGACUGUGGGAAAAAAGCCAUCUCUAGAAGUAAAAAAGCUGUUGGCUUUUGUGCAUUAGAAGUAUAGUAGUAAGUAGUUUCCCUUCUGUUGACCAUUGAAGCAGGUUAUUGAUGAUCAAGAACAGAAUCAAGAAUUUUAUGUAGAGCAAACAAGUUAUUGAUAGUGUGUGUAGAGAAAUAGUAUUGCUUCUGCACUGUUCUUCAGGAAAAAAAAAGAAUGCUAAUGAAUAGGCCUGAGGCGGUAACUCUAUAUCUAUCAUAAGUCCAUAAAGCAGAACAUCUUGCAUAAAGCUUAUCAGCACAUUACAAUCAACAACCAUUGUUGGUUCGCUAUACUUCCAUUACCCUAUACAAAAAACAAAACCAUACUAUAAUUUUCAGAACAAAAAAGAAUCUACUGACUAGGUUGUUAAAAGGCUUUUCUACAUGAAAGACCUUAUAUCAUCCCAACAAAAGAAUUGGUAACAAUCAAAGGAAAAACCCAGUGGAAGGAGAAAAUCUCAGGAAAUUUGCAAUCUUGCCAAUAUAAAAGAAGAAGCCAACUUUUUUUUAAUAUCAUCAAUACUGUCUGCUGUAACCCAAUAUGGUUUUGCUGCCAAUUCCUCUCCCAAUCUUUCCUCCCCUGUUUUCUGCAAUAAUAGCACUCCUUGCAUCAGAAGCCAAUCCUCUCAAAUCCUCAAUACUUGCAUAGCUCUUCCUAGCAGCCAUCAAUCCUCCAGCCGCCCUUUUAUCCCCAGAAUUCACCGACUUGCUCCCUGAACCUCCUCCCAAUUUCCCCACAACCAUCCCAUCAAAUUUCCCACUCCUCGACUUCAGCGGCGGCGUUAAUGACUUCUCCAUCAUCGUCGGGAGCGGAGGAACCCGCGGUUUCCGAUUCUCCUUCCGCAAAGCCGAUGAAAAGUCCGGCACUGACUGGGUCAAAAUAGAGGAAGAAGAAGACGACCCUUUCGUCGUCCGUCUAGAAGGCGUAACGGCUAGAUUACCCUGAAAUUUGACUUGUUUCUUUGGUGGGGUCGUGACCAAUUCCAUCUCUUCUUCUUGGAAUUCCUCGUGGAUCGGUUGUUUCAUGGACCUCAUCCUCAGCUUUGACUCUCUAAGAGCAGCAUAAUCGUUGUACCUUGGUCCCCUUUCCAUAUACAAACUCUGUGUAGAAAGUUGAAGCAUCUGAGGCUGAUCGGAUGAGUUUGAGAAUUGAGAAAGGAUUAGUGAUGUGGGAUCAAGGGCUGUGUAGAGAGAAGCCAUUGAUGGAAUUGUAAUGGAGCUUUUGUGAUAGUUGAAGAAGAGGAUGUAUUUCCCAACGGUCUAAUAGAAAGUAGAAGAAAACCGAGAGAGAAGGCUGAAAGGUGAACAGUUGAACUAGCUUUCCAACGUUAAUAUUUAGGUGGGGUCUGAAUUAUUUAAAUCCCCAAAAAAGAAAAUGGGGAACAGUGAUAUUUUUCUCGAUUUAUAUCGUUAAUUGGGAGAUUUGAUCGUGUUCUUGGUAAACUAAUACUACAGUAGGUUGGUUUAACUUUAUUUAACUGACCCCCCAAAGAAAAGUAAUUAACGAAAAGUAGGGCUGACAUUUAGUAAAACUUGUCAAAAAGGACAAAGCUUUAAAGAUCAUUUGCCAUUUUGCAACUGUGAAGUUUGUGUCUU